UAUCACACUAUUGAUCAGUACACUAAUAACCAAAACACUUCUAGUAGCCACACAACCCAUCAUGUCUGACGAGUUCGAAGUUAACGAGGCUGAUUCUGGUGCAUCCAAAUUUUACCCAACUCAAGCAUCUUCUAUCAAGAAAGGUGGAUACAUGCUGAUGAAAGGUCGAGCAUGCAAGAUCGAAAACAUCAACACUUCGAAACCCGGAAAGCACGGUUCGGCUAAGUGCGCAUUCACCGGUAUUGACAUCUUCACAGGAAAGAAGAUCGAGGCUGUAUCACCUGGUCACGCUAAUGUCGAUGCUCCUUACGUCAUCCGAAAAGAAUACCCCCUUUCAUACAUGGACGAAUCUGGUUUUCUGUCUCUUUUCGACGAAGAGACCGGCGAACUUGUUGAAGACAUCCGUUGUCCAGAAGGAGAUCUCGGAGAAAGACUAAAGACUAUGACGGAUGAGGGAAAAAUGAUUAUUGUUACUAUUCUGAAAGCAAUGGGAGAAGAGAAGGUUAUUGACGUUAAGGAAGAUACGAAAGCCGAUUAAUAUGUGGAUGUUAAUUACAUUUGAACAUUUUGUGGCUAUAAGUAUUUUUUAGAUUAUGUGUUUAAACACUUAUUUUACUGCGAACUUCUAACUGAAGAGGUAAAUCUGCUUGUGUUUGGGUCAAUGCAAUAUGCUUAAGAAAUUUCGUAAUUUAAAACUCUUUAGUAAAUUGAAUUUCCUAAUGUCUUCCUUGA